UUCUCCACAUUGAGUUACUUGGAAAAGCCGUGCUUGUCUCUCCUUGUGCCCGAAAGCUGACUGUCCGCAGCAGACGGCAUUGGAAACACCGGUCGUUUGCCCCAAACCUUCUGUCACAGCAAAACGGCGGUUUCGUCGUCAGCACACCAACAAACCACGGAAGUGUUCACUUACAAACGCCACUGCAAUCGACAGAAAUGAUUUUGAGUGCUGCCACUUCGCUUCGAAGAUUACAAUCGACAUUCGUGAUAGUGAACGAAGAGAUUAUUUGUCGCCACUUGGUAACACUCUUCGGCGGGAAUGUGGAUUCGACCAAUUUGUGGGAAUCUGCGUUGGUCGGGGAACACUCUUACCCAUUUGAAUUCCAUCUGCCUGCAUCAUGCCCCUCCACAUUUACUGGUAGUCGAGGGAGCGUGGAGUUCAGCUUGAGGGCCUGCCUACACCUAAUCAACGGAAAGAAAAUACAAGCAAUCCAAGGGUUUGUUGUCGUGCGCGAAGUGGUCAUCGGUAAAGAAAAGGAUAUACUCAGCACAUUAUCCUGUCCGCCAAUCAGUCGACGAUUUAUCAACGAGUUUAAUUAUUUGAAAGGUGACUCCACCGCAACUCAGCCCUAUUCCGAUAAUUGUGGACAGUUGGACAGUGAUAAUCUAUGCAGUGAAGAAAAUUUAGCAAGGUAUGCAGACUCGACAAAUUGCAGUAAAACUAUUACUCCAUUUGCAACGAAUCAAGCACAGAAAACGUCCAAACUGUUCAGGAGUGCAUCGCAAAGCUUUCGAAGUAAAAAACCAAGGAACGUUAAUAUGACGAAUGCUGAACGUAUACGAAAGCCUUGUGGAACGACAGAACUGUCGAUGGGAACCACAGGGAAUGGAAAUCCUAAUGGAAUUUGCAGAAAAUUGCAGCAAAUGCUUGCAGACAAAUCUUCGUCUACAACACGAACUCCAAAGUUAGGUGUGAACAAAUGUAUACGUCCACAUUAUCAACCGCAUUCAGUUUGGAUUCCACAAAACCAACUGUCGACAUUCGAAUGUCAUCCAUUUUCAGGCUCUGAAUGUCCAACCAGAGAUGUGAUAUGUUGUCGACUGACCAUUAGUCAACGUCAAGUCAUUCCUGGAGACAGCCUGGUCGCUCGUCUGGCCCUCGUAAUGAAUGAUCCACUUUGGUCAUGGUCAUCCAGAAGAGGGCGCAACAAAUCCUGGACCACAACGUAUCAUAACUCUCUUCCUCACCAACUAACGGGAAGUUGGAGCCCUCUGGCCAGAGCAUUCAUAUCUUUCUUUGUUGAAAAUCAACUAAAACAAAGUCAGGGGGAUAUGGCAGGAGCAUCCUUCGGCCGUCAACGGAAAAGAAAUAUGAAGCCACGCUAUCGGAUUUAUCUCGCAUUGCGCCAAUUGGUUACCUACAAGGAUCGCACGAAUCAUGUGAUAGCUGAGGAAGAACGAGACGUUUACCUCGGGGAGAUGAAAAGUCGUCAAGCAAACGAAGAGCAUUUGUUUCGUGCCGUCUUAGAAGAUACCUUCCAAAUACCUCCAGUCACAGCGUCUGGAUUGGAAGGAGUCUCUUGCAUUGAUGUGUCAUACAGUGUGGGAGUAGUGUAUUUCAGAUUGAAGCGUCUCACGCACCUGUGGCUUCCUAAUGAAUGGCAACUAGCUAUUGAGCAGCAAAGCUACCAUGCGAUGGUCUCCCACGACAUCGAGCGGCUAUAUUCCCCAAAUCAGACAUGGUUUUCGGGGAACAACCUGAAGUUGUCACAGCGGCUGGUUGGUGAAAUGUGGUCAAUUAAGCGGCAUGCCAAAAAUGAUGUUUGGGGAUGUUAUAGUCCACUUCUACUACCGAUUUCCUUGACAAUCGGCACUUCCAAAGUCUCAACGAACCGCAGUUUCGAUCGGGAAACAUUUCACCUAGCGAAUGAAAUGCUGCACCCAAGCUUUUACAUGCAAAGCGCAGAUAGCUGCAGCAAAGGCUCGUUGCCUCCACUGCACAUUUGCCACACUGGUGGCUUGGAUAGAUCAAUCAGUCUCAGUAAACUGCGUACAGGUUCCUCUAACGGAAUGCCGUGCAGUUUGUGCCCAAGGGAACGCCGAUUCUCUUUGAUGAAUCACCGUCCCGUUGAGCACACAGAGUCUGUCAAUGCGAUCCGAAGGAAAUCGGUAGGAUUCAGUGAAGGCAAAGAACGCGUGCACUCAGAGUUCCGGAGCAUCGGCACAUUUCUCCGUCGUAAACCGUCGCCCUGCCAUCUAAACCGCAAGAACAAUGGAAGCGUUCCUGAUUCCACAUCUGGUCGAAUUGCUCACUAUAAAUCAGUCCAAAUUUGACCACGGAAUACAUGAAUCUAUCCCGGUGAUUUCCAUUUAUUUAUACUUAAAAUACGAAUAUUUCCCUGUGACAUGUGUUAACGUGUUCCCUUCCUCGGUUAAACGAUUCGCUGGUCGACAAACUAGCACUCAACUUUUUGGUUGCAAAUUUCUUAAUUUUUGAAUUCUUCUGCCAGUUCACUUUAUCGUUUGGAUUUUCUGAGGGUGUUACCUGUUUGAAAAACCUUGAA